GUAAUCGAUACCCCUAUUAUAGUUCAAUUAACAUUAAAAAAAUAGUGAAAAAUGUGGUCCGACACCAUAUUAAUAGUUUUUAUAUCAGUUUGCACCGCCUUUUUGGGCGAAGGGCUCACCUGGGUCUUGGUGUACCGUACGGAUAAAUAUCAAAAGCUGAAAACCGAGGUGGAGAAGCAGAGCAAGAAGUUGGAGCGCCGCAAGGAAAUACAUGGCGAUUCUCUGGACAAGGCGGUGAAAAAGAAAAUCGAGCGCGAUGAGGAGAAGCUGAAGAACAACAACCGUGACUUGUCGCUGGUGAAGAUGAAGUCUAUGUUUGCAACCGGCUUUGCUUUCACCGCACUGCUGAGCAUGUUCAAUAGCAUAUUCGAUGGACGCGUUGUUGCCCAAUUGCCCUUUACCCCCAUCUCCUGGAUUCAGGGCCUGAGCCAUCGCAAUCUGGCCGGCGAAGACUACACCGACUGCUCGUUCAUCUUCCUCUACAUUUUGUGCACCAUGUCCAUUCGUCAGAACAUUCAGAAAAUGUUGGGCUUUGCACCCUCACGUGCCGCCAGCAAACAGGGCGGUGGUCUCUUUGGUGCGCCGCCAGGACAAUUCAAAUAGUAAAAUGAAACUUUAAUCAUGUACAAUACAUUGUACUUUCAACAGA